AGUAUGUUAUAAUGUGUUGUGAAGACGGGUGCAGUGCCAAACUGGAAAAUGGUACUUCAUGUGCGUUAUUUGACGGGGACAGAGUCAGAUGUUCAUGGACCACACCGUUACACUAUGGGACAUUGUACCUCCGAGAAGCAGCAAAGCAGGAGACGCCAAGAUUAUGAUUUCUUUACCAAUUAAUUCGUAAUUCAUUUGAUUACUGUUAUGAGAACAGUCAAACUUGUUCUCAUUAAUCCAUAAUAUCCUUGCAUCGGCAAAUGGUGAAAUAUAGUUGCGGGACACGUUGACAGACUGGACCAGGACUUGAUGAUGCCAGGCAAUGGGAGUUCCGAGGCGGGAUGCAGCAGGACAGCGACAGGCAGCUACUCCAACACCACCUGCGGCAAGACGGAGCUGUCCGUCACCGCCUCCGUCAUUUCCAUGACCGUGGGCAUCUUCUCCAACAUCCUGGCUCUCUGCAUCCUGGUCAAAGCCUACCGCCGCUUCCGCCUCAAGACCAAGGCCUCCUUCCUGCUGUUCGCCAGCGGCCUGGUGGGCACCGAUCUCCUGGGCCACCUCAUUAACGGCUCCCUGGUGCUAUAUGUCUACGCUUGUAACAAGGACUGGGAAGCCUUUGACCCGCACCACAUCCUGUGCAGUCUCUUCGGGGUGUCCAUGGUGUUUUUCGGUCUGAGCCCCCUGCUCCUGGGUAGCCUAAUGGCGGUGGAACGCUGCAUUGGUGUCACCAGGCCCCUGUUCCACUCCACAGCCCUUGCCGCCCACCACAUGAAGAGGCUGCUGGGGCUGACCUGGCUGUUAGCUGCCCUGGUGGCUCUGCUACCUGUGCUGCUGUGGAGGCCCUACAAGGUGCAGCGCUCCCAGAGCUGGUGUUUCUUCCGCAUGGAGGGGCCCCGCAACUGGCUGGACGUGGUGCUCCCGCUGAUCUUCUCUACACUGGGCCUCCUGGCUCUACUGGUAUCCAUUGUGUGCAACACACUGACCAGCUGCACCCUACUGCAGUCCAAGCUGCGCUGCCACCGCCAACGUCGCCGCAAGGACACCUCCCACCACUUUGAGAUGAUCUGCCAGCUCAUGACCAUCAUGCUUGUGUCCUGUGUGUGCUGGGGCCCUUUAUUGGUUAACGUCAUCAUACUGAGCACCCAGGUCCAGGGCGAACGUGCGUUUGCCCGCCUGCUGCUGUCAGUCCGCAUGGCCACCUGGAACCAGAUCCUGGACCCCUGGGUCUACAUCCUCCUGAGGAAGGCCAUCCUCAAGAAGCUCUUCCUGCUGGUGCACAGCUGCUGGUGCAUCAAGUCCCACCCCCUCAAACGCUGGAAGUGCAGCCCAGUGAAAGGCUCUGGGGAGACCAGCGGCAGCUCCAUCAGCACUAAGCCAGAAUUCUUCUGUUUGGAUGGAAAUGUUGGAGGCCUACCAGACACAAUAAUUAAGCCCAUCACCUGAACCCCUGGAUGGGGCAUCUGAUCUGAGAGACCCUGGGUCCCAGGUAGAGUGUUUGCAGGCAGCACCUGUAGCACAUUGAUGUAUAGUUGGAGUAGGCGAUAAGCUAAGGAACCAGAUAAGAUUUCUUUUAGGAAGAGCAUAUGAAGGAUCAUUCAAAGUAUUAUAAACUGGGUAGUUUGAGCCCUGAAUGCUGAUUG